AUGCCUUCCGUACUCUUCGUGUUCAUUUCUGCCAGCAAGACCUUGACAGGGAAACCGACUGGAUGGUACCUCCCUGAGGCUGCCCACCCCUACUAUAUCCUCAGUCCACACGUCCAAAUCGACUUUGCCGCCCCUGCGGGCGCUAACCCGCCCAUCGACGAAUACAGCGUCAAGAGCUACACAGACGAUGGCAGCGUAAAAUUCCUGAAUGACGAGACGGUGGAACAGAAGCUUGCUAAUGCUAAGAAAUUAGUCAACAUUGACUACAAGGAGUAUGAUGCUGUUUUCUACGUUGGAGGGCAUGGUCCUGCUAUCGACCUUGCUUCAGACGCAGUGAACGCUAGGCUCGUGUCCGAUUUCUGGAAAUCUGGCAAGAUCGUUGCUGCUGUUUGCCAUGGCCCUGCAGCGCUUGUUCAGGGCGUUGACGAGCACGGACAGUCAAUCUUCAAGGGCAAGAAGUUUACUGUUUUAUCCAAUGAUGAGGAGGUUGCGAUCAACGGGGUCAACGAAAUCCCGUUCUCGCCAGAAGACAAGAUCAUCGAAUUGGGCGGUAUUUUUGAGAAAGCCGACGAGCUCUUCGAGGCCAAGACUGUUGUCGAUGGAAAGCUGGUAACUGGACAGAAUCCCGCUUCAUCUGCUGGGGUAGGAGAAGCGAUCUUGAAGCUCAUUAAAGGAGAUCAGAGGCUGAGAGAAUAA